GGAGCGAGAGAGAGAGAGAGAGAGAGAGAGAGAGAGAGAGAGAAAAGAAGAGAGGAAGCGUUAGGCAGUACCCGUGUCAGGGGAAACAAGGACCAGCCUCGCGGUAAAAAGAAGGAAAAAAGGAAGAAGUGUAAGGACAAAGGACAGAACAUGGAGGGAGCAGGAAAAUGUCCGUUUAACGAGGCAGCGGAGAGGAGAUUCUGGUCGUCCAGCACAUAGCCAAGGUACAACGGACAGCUCCCCACCUUUUUUUAACCCCCUCUUUUUUGUGGCUUUUUGAUGCCGUGGCGCAAGCAAUCGCACAGCAAGCUCGAAAGACGGAAACAUUUUUUAAUCCGUCUGCAGAUUGUGCCAGCUUGCGAUGGCUGUUGAGGGGCGAUGCAGAAGCACAAAGGAUAACGCGCCUCUUUGUUUUUAUUUCGUCGUCGUUUUUGUACUCAGUGGCCUUACAAAUGCACAAAUUCGCUACACGAUUCCAGAAGAGCUGGAGACCGGGGCUGUGGUUGGGGACAUCGUCCGAGAUUUAGGACUUGACCUGCGAACGCUUUCGGCUCGACGUAUCAGAAUAAGCUCGGACAGCGCCAGGCGCUACUUUAACAUCAACCACAAAACUGGUAAGCUUUUGGUCAGUGACCGGAUCGACCGUGAGACCCUCUGCGAGUUCAGAGACGCCUGCCUUCUUAACCUCGAGGUGGUCGUGGAAAAUCCCCUAGAGGUGCACAACGUGGAGGUGGAGAUCUUGGACGCAAACGACAACGCGCCCCUUUUCCCCCGAGACGAGUACCAGCUGGAGAUCUCUGAGGCGGCUAAACCUGGCGCGCGGUUCCCCAUCGAGGGCGCGCAGGACUCGGAUGAUGCCUCGAAUUCAGUGCGCCAUUAUCGCCUCUCGACAAACGAGCACCUCGCGCUGGACUCAAAUAAGCCACCUGCUAAUGGAAAGCACAUUGAACUCGUUCUAAAAAAGCCGUUCGAUCGCGAACUGGUGCCAUCUCAUCAGCUCGUGCUCACAGCCACGGACGGUGGCUCUCCUCCGCGCUCUGGCACAGCCAAAAUCAAUGUGCGUGUUUUGGACACCAACGACAACGUGCCCAAGUUCGACAGCUCUGUGUACAAAGUGAAACUGAGAGAGAAUUCGCCUAUUGGCGCUCUGGUGAUCAAACUUAAUGCAACUGAUCGGGACGAGGGCACCAAUGGAGAUGUUUAUUACUCCUUCAGUUCAUACACACCUGAAAGGGUUCGACAGAUGUUCAGCAUGGACACAGAUACUGGAGAGAUUCGAGUCAAAAGUAACGUGGACUUUGAGGAGACCAACAGUUACGAAAUGUACAUCCAGGCUAUGGACCGGGGCCAUGGGGCAGUUGCAGUGCACUGUAAAGUAGUGGUUGAGGUUCUGGAUGUAAAUGAUAACCCACCUGAUAUUGUGCUCUCCACUCUCUCUAGCCCAGUGAGGGAGGAUGCUCGAGCUGACACUGUGGUGGCCCUGAUCAGUGUCAAUGACCGUGACUCUGGCCAAAACAAACAAGUCACCUUAGAUAUCAUUCCCCCCAACCUGCCUUUUAAGAUAAAAUCAUUCAGGAACCACUACACCAUUGUCACCUCAGCCUUUCUGGACAGAGAAGCAGUAUCCUCAUACAAUGUUACAAUCACUGCAGUUGACGGAGGAACUCCAGCUCUCUCCUCAUCCAUGGUCAUACGUGUUGAAGUGGCGGAUGUAAAUGACAAUCCGCCUCGAUUUGAGCAAACAUCUUACACUGUCUAUGUCACUGAAAACAAUGCUCCAAGUGCUCCUUUGUGUGUCGUCAAAGCCACAGAUCCUGAUGCCAAUGAAAAUGCACGCAUCACUUACACUGUCUUGAAUGACAACAACCAUGGGAUCUCAGUGGCAUCAUAUGUUUCCAUCAAACCUGCCACAGGUGAGGUGUAUGCCCUGCGCUCUUUUGACUUUGAGAAGCUGCGAGAGUUCCACUUCCAGGUGAAAGCUCAAGACAACGGUGUACCUCCCUUAAGUCGCGUGGCAACUAUCUACGUUUACGUCAUGGACUCCAAUGACCAUGCCCCACGGUUUGUCCACCCAGCAUCAAAUGUGUCACACACAGUGGAAACAAUCCUCCGGAAUGCAGAGGCAGGUGUCCUGGUAACACGUGCACUGGCAUGGGAUGGGGAUGCAGGACAAAAUGCCUGGCUGCUGUAUGCACUCGAACACCCUGCUGAGCUUGACUUGUUUAAGGUGCAUGAGCACACAGGUGAGAUCCGAACCACACGACGUGUUUAUGAAGACAACUCUACUGUCUUCAGCCUUACAGUGCAUGUAAGAGAUCAUGGCCUGCCACCACGUUCUGCCUCUGCCACCAUUAAUGUGGCUGUCAUGGAACUGCCACCAAAAGUGGCACCUGAUCCCAAACGCAUCAUCAGGCCUCAUGGCACUCUUAUCUUCUCCAAUGUUACACUAUACCUCAUUGUUGCCCUCACUGCCACCACCUUCGUCUUCCUGGUCACUGUCUUUGUUUUAGCCAUUGUGCGCUGCCAUGCCUACUGCAGCCAACCUGAUGCAUGUUCCUGCUCACCUUGCUGUGGAACUAAAAAGAAGAAGCCUCCCAAAGAAGGUGGCGGUGGCGGGGGAGGGGGUGGAGGUGGUGGGGCCUCAGGUGGAGGUGGAGGAGGAGGAGGAGGAGGAGGAGGAGGUGGAGUAAACCAGCAACAACAGGCUGUGGCCCUAAGGAGGGACCUUAAAGUAGAACCUCACUACAUUGAGGUCAGAGGAAAUGGCUCUUUGACCAAAACCUAUUGCUACAAGACCUGCCUAACAGCCACUUCAGGAAGUGACACAUUCAUGUUCUACAACACAGGCCGGCCACUGAGCGGGACCUGGGGCUCAGGGGCUGAGCGAUUCUUCACAAGCCAGAGUGGACAGUUUGUGCGAAGGCUUAGUAUGCCCGAUGCCACAGCCAUACAGCCCAAGGCUCCCAAUGCAGAUUGGAGAUACUCGGCUUCACUUAGAGCAGGAAUGCAAAGCUCUGUCCAUAUGGAAGAGUCCUCGGUGAUGCAGGGGGCCCAGGGAGUUCUGGUGCAGAAUUGGCCCACCGUCUCCAGUGCUGCUGAUAAUGAAGGUGGGGAAGUGUCUCCUCCCGUAGGCGCUGGUGUGGACAGUAACAGCUGGCAUUUCCGGUACGGCCCAGGCCCUGGCGGACCCCCUCCUCAUCUAAAGCCUGGCGAAGUCCCACCUGAAGCCUUCAUCAUCCCUGGUUCACCUGCCAUCAUCUCUAUCAGACAAGGGCAGGAUGGCGAUGACAAGAGUGACUUCAUCACCUUUGGCAAGAAGGAGGAGGCCAAAAAGAAAAAAAAGAAGAAGAAGGAGAAGAAGGACAAGAGGGAUAAAGGGAAAGAUGACGAUGAGUAGGAAGGGAAAGGAAGAGGUUAAAAAAUUGUGUGUGUAAGACAGAGAUUUCAACAGGAGUCUGCAAUGAUUCAAACAGCAAAUAUUUAAUUUUGUGUCUGCAAGAAGCCUCUAAUUAAGAUCUUUAGACUGGUUUCAUGUAUAAUUCUAUUAGAUUUGGCCUUACACAGAUUACUGUCAACCACAUUCUCUUUGAUGACGUAACUGAUGAUUUGAUAUGAUGGAUUAAUUUUGUUCUUGCCUCACAGUGCCUAGCCAUCCAGUCCUCUAAGCGUUCGGGUGUGGGUGCGUGUGUGUUUGUGUGUGUGAGAGAGAGAGAGAGAGAGAGAGAGAGAGAGAAAUAGAAACAAAUAGAGAGAUAGAGAGAGACUAAGGGAAAAGGCACACAAUAUUAGACAGACAGGGUUAUUGUCACUCCACCCCCUUUCUUGUUCAGGCUGCUGUUGACACCUCUGUCUUAUGCUUCCACGUGGUUCUUGUUUUCCAAUCUUAUCAGAGAGGGAGGCAAAAUCAGAUAUAAAAAAAAAAGUUCAAAAGCAGUGCACCACAUACCAAGUUAUGACUGAGAAAAGGAUGAACAAAAAAUGACAGUGGAGGAAAAGCAAAGCAGUAGGAAAGAAAAGUAGUUUUGGAAUUAAAAGGAAAGCUUUGAGACCUGGAAGUGGGACAUGCACUAGUGUAAAUAUGGCAGCAAUGGAAGAGAGCACCCGCCAUGCUGUACAGUAAAAUGCAGUGACAACGCUAAACAAAUGCUUCUGCUCACUCUGUUCUCUAUCCAUGUGUCCACAACGGAGGAGCAUCUCAGAUGAACAAAGAGAGACAAAGAACGCUUUCACCUGAGACUCUUCAAAAGAACGAAAGUUAAAAGAGACCAGUUUGCGGGAGAGAGUAAUAGUGGUCUGUGUUCACGCAAAAUGAAAGAAAAACACUGCUAAAUGUUGAAAUGCAAGCACAUUUUGUUUUGUUUAAUACUGUUUUGUUACUUGCGCUCUCUCCCAGCAAUUGUAUAGGUGUACUAUCUGAAAAUGUAAAUUGAUUCCCCAGCCAUACACACACACACACUCUCAUACUCACAUACAUCUUAAACAGGGUCAGAAAUCAGCACUCUGCUACCAACAGCACUCUUCUCCCCCCAGCAGCAUGAUUACCCUUCUUUGUUUUUCAAGAGAAGUAGCUGUGCCUUGGAAUAGCAAAUUGCUGAACAGGGCAAAACUGGGGGAAACUUCUUCAGGAAGAGACAGAGUGUGGAAUUCAACAGGAAACUCUUGGACUUGAAAAAAUGGACAAAGCUGCUGAUUAGCAAGAGGGAUGCUUUGGUUGCAUCUCUUCUUUUCACUAGGGGUUAAGCUAUGUAGGCAGCAGAGAAUUUGAUUCUACAAAAAAAUGUAGAUAGCUAGAAAUGAAUACUUAGGUGCAUAGAUGACCUGAGUGAACAGUACAUCUAAAGAACAGUGUUGGCACGGAUGAACAAAACUUACAACCCUUAUCACUCUUGUACCCUGAAAACUUCCCUUUUCUGGCAGUGGCCUGAAGCUUACGCUGUGAAUGUCUGGUAUCGCUGCCCAUAUAUUAUACAAUAUUUUCUUUUAUUUCAACCUGUUUUUUUUUUGUUGUCGUUUGUUUGACUAUUUGUUCGUUUUUCCCUGUGCCUGCUUCCUAAUUAAUCUGAGGGUGCAGUGUGUGGAUCUUGUCCUGUACAAAGUAACCCUGACUUUCUCUGCCUGGAGGACUAACACACACAUCAGCACAAUCAAAUAACAAAUUUUGUCUGAUUUUUCAGUUUUUGUUGAAGUGGAAACAAGGGCAGUGUUUACUCUUUAAACUCUGUUUUUAUGAGCUUUAACUAAUCUAUAUUGCAUCUGUACAGUGCAUAUUUUGUUCUCUUAGCUCUCUUGCUCUCUGAGUGUCUCUGCCGUGGGUUUAUCCUCUGUUCUAUCUGAAUGUUGGGUAGGCUAGCUCUAGUCAUUGUGGUGUGCUCGCGUAGCAUGGAGUAAUGCAGAUAAUGCCUGUAAAAUCUCCCCUGCAGAGAACAGAGACAGCUCUGAGAGCUCUGUCAGAUAUGUACACAGUCUAGUGCUUUUAUUCAGUGAAUAUCACUCCUCUUUGGGUGUCUGUGCGGGCGUGUGUAAGAAAGAGUGUAUGUUCUGAUGUGUGUCUGUGUGUGUGACCAGUGAACACACUUCUGGCUGCUGGUUCUUCACUGCUUGUGUUUGUUGAGGGGGAGGGGAGAAAAUGGAGGGGAGGGGACACCGCAUGGUCAAGAGAUGGAGUUUGCCUGGAGCAGGUGAUGAUCUGGAUGGAAAUAAAUACUAAAUAGUCAGCUCUACUGAUUAAACACACAAAUCUGUAGUUUAGUCUUUGUAUAGUCACAUUGCUUUGAGUUGGAAAUUGGCCUGAGAAGAUCACUGGAGUUAGUUCGGUGCAAAUGUAUCAGUUGGAAUAGAUAAAUCUUCUCCAGAUCAAAAUCCAAUCUCUGAACCAAUGCUUUUCAGUGGCAGUGAAGUGAUACACUUAUACUCUGCUACUACUGUCUCCAGCCUGCCUUCUACCCCACAGCCACACCCCCAAACCCAUGGCUAAAUCUGAUGUCACGUUCGCUCAGCUGUGACUGCUGCAUGACCUAAUCAGAGGGAAACACUUACUAUAUAGAGAUAUAUAUGAAUAUAGAUAUAGAUUGCUAUGAUUUUACUAUUUUUGUUUAUGAUUUUUAUCCAUUACUCACACAAGAGAUUUGUGUAUGUACUGUCUCUGCUAAGCCUUUGCAUAUUGACACCCUCUGCACCCACUCACAAUGGACAUCUACAAUGUAACUAAACCUUCUAGAUAUUUGUAAAUGCUAAAUAGUGUGAUGCCCUGAAGCUCUUGAUCAGUCCUUUCCUUUCUUUUCGCUUUUGUUUUUGAGAACUUAAGGAGAGGGGGGAAAAAACAACAAAAAAAAACAACAAAAAAAUAUAUAUAUCACUUUUGUGUCUGGCUUCAACAUACUGAUCUAACACUGUAUUACUGUAACUGAAUUAUUAUGUAUUACAGCUCUAUCUCUUCUCUUUCACCCCUUUGAAAAAUAAAAAAAUAAGCUUCAAGAAAAUGUAAAAAAAAAAACUUAUGUAAAAUACAGUAUAUGUAGUGUAUGCUUGUACCUAGUGAGCGUUCAUGCUGUCAUCUUUUCUCAGUGUCUGGUGGUGGUCAGUAGGUGGCUCAUCUGUUGUCAAACCUUCUUUUGUACACCUGCUCAUCAAAAUGUGACGGUGAAGUAGUAAAAUCCAUUACUCUU